AUGCUUAGGGUAUCGACGUUGGAUAGAAAAGCUUACGAAAAUUUUGUUGAUCGGAGAUCGGCAAAUUACAGACCUCCUAUUUGGAAGCAUGAGUUUGUUGACUCGUUAACGAGUGAAUUCAGGGAAGAGAAGAGUUUAAAUAGAAGAGAUAUUCUGAAAAGAACCGUGAAAAUGAUGCUCAAUAGAGAAUUAUUAUUGGAUGGAGAUAGUUUAAGACAAUUGGAGCUAGUCGACCAACUACAAAGGUUGGGAUUGUCAUAUCACUUUCAAACAGAAAUAAAUCAAAUAUUAGAGAAUAUGAAUGAAAAGUUCCAGAACCGAAAGGAUUUAGAAUGGAACAACGACUUAUAUGCCACGUCUCUUCAUUUUAGGAUUUUAAGGCAACAUGGCUAUUACAUCCCUCAAGAGGUCUUCAAGAAGUUUAAGGAUGAGUUUGAAAGUUUUAACAGUAUUUGUGAAGAGAAAGCUAAGAGAAUGUUAUCCUUAUACGAAGCUUCCUUCUUAGCAAUGGAAGGUGAAAGCUUUUUGGAUGAUGUGAGACGUUUUGCCAUCGAGCAUCUAUCAAACUACCUUAAAUCAAGUGGUAAUGAAAUAAUUUGUACAAUGAUAAGGCAUGCUCUAGAGCUCCCACUUCAUUGGAGAAUGCCAAGAUUGGAGGCUAGAUGGUUCAUUGAUGUGUAUCAAAGAAAACCCGAAACAAACCUCGUGUUGUUGGACUUGGCCACGUUAGACUUCAAUAUUGUCCAAUCCACACAUCAAGAUGACCUGAAAUAUGCCUCUAGGUGGUGGAAGAGCACUGAGCUCGGACAAAAACUUGACUUUGCAAGGGAUAGAUUGAUGGCAAAUUUCUUUUGGUCCGUGGGAAUGGGAUGCGAACCCGAUCUUGGAUAUCUUAGAAGAAUGUGUACAAAAAUUGGUUCAUUUAUAACAAUAAUUGACGAUAUUUAUGAUGUGCAUGGAACUUUGGACGAACUCAAACUCUUUACCAAUGCUGUCGAGAGAUGGGAUAUUGGUGCGAUCGAUUCAUUGCCUAACUACAUGAAAAUAUGUUUUAUUGCUCUUCACAAUACAAUCAACGAUAUGACGUUCGAUGCAGUUAAGAAUCAUGGAAUAAAUGUCAUUCAAUAUUUAAGAAAAAUGUGGAUAGAUUUAUGCAAAGCUUUCUUGAUAGAGGCAAACUGGUACUACACCAAUUAUAAACCAACAUUCCAAGAGUAUUUAGACAAUGCAUGGAUCUCAGUCUCGGGAUCUCUUAUUCUCGUUCAUGCUUACAUCUUUGCCACAAACUCAAUAAUGAAAGAGACUUUGGAAUGCUUGGUAGACUAUCCUGAUAUACUUCGACAUUCAUCCAUGAUCUUUCGCCUUACCAAUGACUUAACUUCCUCAACGGAUGAAGCAGAAAGAAGUGGAGUCAUUACAUCCAUCCAAUGUUACAUGAAUGACACAGGUGCCUCCGAACAUGAAGCGCGGAGAUAUAUAAAGGAGCUGAUUAUUGGGUCAUGGAAGAAAAUGAAUGAAAUUCAAACUUUGAAUUCUUCACCAUUCAUCUCUAAAGAUUUCAUUGAAAUUGCUUUAAAUCUCGCUAGAAUAUCUCAAACAGUCUACCAACAUGGAGAUGGGCACACCGUUGAAGACCAUGAGACCAAGGAUCGUGUAUUAUCUUUAUUCAUCAAGCCUGCUUAG